AUGAAUAUACUAAUUAGUAAAAAUAGAAUAAUAACAGAUUUAAUAAAAUUUGAGAGGAAAAUAAAAUGUAAUGUUCGCCUAUAUAAUAAUAAAAAAACAAAAUGUGCAGGGGAUAAUAAAAAAUGUAAUAAUUUCCUAAAGAAUAUAUGCAAUAAAAAUGUCAUAAGAAAUUUGGAUUCAGUAAAUAUUAUUGAAAAUUUAAAGUAUGUAACUGAAUAUAAUGUGAAUGAAUAUAUUAUUAAAAAUUACAUAAAUCGAGUAAAAACACUAAAAGAGCAAUGGGGGUUAAACAAAAUAUAUUUUAUUUUUAAAACACUUAUAAAAUACAAGUUAUAUGAUGGUGCAUUGUUAAACAAAUUAGAAAAUAUUAUCAAUGAUAUAGAGGUUCCUAAUGAAGACAUGAAAAAAGAAAAAAUAGAUUGUUUUGAAAAUGUGUAUAUAAUAAGGAUAUCGUAUAUUUUAUAUAGUUUUUACUAUUUUAAUCAUACUAAUGAACAAUUAGUAAACAAGUUGAUAAACAUCUUGAACAUUAAAAUAGAUUAUAUAAUAUAUCACAACGAUUAUUUCAACCGUUUUAUUUUUAACACAUUCAAGGAUUCUGGUGAAAGCUAUGAAAACACAAAACAAGAGAAUAAUAAUAGCUCUCGAAAGGAUGUAGAUACUACGCAAAAAUGCAUAAAUAACGAUAAUAAAAAGUGUAAUGAAUCACCUGGGUACGGUAUUUUUGGAAAUUCUCCCAAAUUUAAUGGCUUAAAAAAGGAAAUAUAUGAAAUCAAAGAAUUGACUUUAGAUAGUAAUAAGCAUAUGGAUGUUUAUAUUAGAAAUGUAACAUUUAACGAAAUAUAUUUCAUUAUCAGUUUAUUAAAAAAAAUAAAUUAUACUAACAAUAAACAGUUUCUAAAUAAAUUAAAAUUUAUAUAUUAUUUUAAUUGCAUAGAUAUAGAAAAACCAAAUGAAAAUGAUUGCAAAUAUAUUACUUUGUUAUUUCAUCUUAUCUAUGAACCAUCUGAUAAGUAUUUAUACAAUAUUAUGAAAUUGUUUUUACUUAGACAUAAUAAUGUAAGCAAUAUUCAUGACCUCGUGUUAAUUAUGAUGACAAUUUAUUAUAAUGGCGUAAAUAAUAGUAAAACUUCUAAUGCUAAUAAUACAGAUUAUUUCAAAGAAGAUAUUAAUAACAUAAGUCAUCAAUAUGAAUGUGCACACACCAAAUUGUUUGACGAUAUAGAUGUCAUAAUUGAGCAAAUGCAUACCAUAUCAAAGGAAAAAACAAAAAAACUAAAAUUUAUCUUGAAUUAUAUUUCUGAACAUAGAAAUGACAUAACAAAUAAAGAUAUUCCUGAUAUCAUAUAUGAACGAAUUUUUAAUUUGUUAAAUUAUGAAUAUUAUAAAAGUAAAUCAUUUUGUUAUGAUUUCGAAUCAAAAAAUAAAGAAAAACUAAUUUCUGAGAAUAUUGAAAGUGAACAAAAUGAGGAAAAUAAUUUAGAAAAAAAUAACCCCCGAAGAAAUUCCUCUGAUUUUUAUAAAAUAAAAAGCAGUGAUUUACAAAGCAUAAGUGAGUUCAUAAAAAUUUGCAAUUACAUGUCUAAAGACGUGGAUGCAUUGUAUUAUUUAUAUUUAAAAAAUAAUAUAGAAUUUUUUAAUAUGGAAACAAUAAUUAAUGUGAUGAAAAUGUAUAUUUUUGUUUACAAUAUUAAUAAUGAUCUAAAUAAAAACUAUUAUAAAAAUAAACACAAGGAUUUAAUGUAUUCAAAUAUGAUAGUAGAAAACUUAAAUAACUUAACAAAUAUUAUUGUUCAGAUUAUUAUAAUGAACUCUUUACACCGAUUAUAUAGUUCAUGUAGUUUAAAAAAUUUGGCAAACAUACUUUAUUAUUUACAUCAAAUCAAUAGCACUUUUGAUAAUAAAAUAUUUGAAGAGUUCCACAUUAAAAAGUUGCAGGGUCAUAUAGAUGAUAUUGUUACUAAAAAGUUAAAGUUAAUUAUAAAUAAACAAAGAGAAAAUAAUAUUAAUGUUGAGGAAUUACAAACUACCAAAGAGAGACAUCACAUGAACAGUUUGGAUGCUAUCUCGUUCGAUGAUAUGGAAAAUGGAGAAAAAAUAAAUGAAAAUUUCAUCAAAAAAACAUAUAAAAACGAAGAUGAUAAUAUGAAUUACGAGAAUUUACACAACAGCUUAUCCAAAAAAAACGAAAACAUAAAUGAAGGAAAUAAUAUGAAUUUAAAAAUACAACAUGAUGAAAAUAAUAUUAAUACAUUUAUUUCACUAUUUAAUAUAUAUAGUAAAAAUUUGAAUAAUAAAAAAAUAAUUUAUAUGCUUUUACAAAUUUUAAAUAAAUACAAUAUAGAAAACAAAUCAGACAAACCAGAAAUAUAUAUAAAUUUAUUAAAUUCAUUUGCAAAAAUGAAAUAUAGAAAUUUAUUACUUAUAGAAACAUGUUUAAAAAAAGUCACUGAAAAUUUAAACAGUUUACAUUUUUUUGAUUACAUAAAUUUGUUAAUAUCAUUAUCAAGGCUAAAUAUAUUUGGUAUAAAUUUAAACAUAUAUGAUGAUGUUCCAUUGUCUUUAAACAAUAAAGAUGCUAUGUUGAAUACAAAAACAUCAUAUGAAAAUGAAAAACGUCUUUUCAUAAAUGAGUGUAAUGAUAAUAAUUUAAAAAAAUGUAGUCAAAUAAGCAUGGUUAACAAUUUAAAAUGUAUCUUGAAAAAAAUAAAUGAUCAUUUAUCGAAUUUUAUUUUCACCCCAAGUUAUAAAAUAAUUAACAUUAUUCCAAAUAUAUUAAACAGCUAUAUUAUAUUAGGCUUUGAUAAAAUACACUUUAAAAAUAUAAAUAAAAUGCUAGAGUCUUUUUAUCAUUAUAUAUUUAAUUAUUUUGAAGAAAAUCACUCUGAAAAUAUUAAUAUGAGUUAUUAUAAUAAAUAUGAUAUCGAUAGUUUCAAUGAAUAUUGUUCAACGGAUAUAAGUAAUAGUAUGGGUAACCCAAGUGUAAAAAACCAUUAUUGGUAUUUCAGUGAACAAAACAAUAUAAUACUAACAAAAAAAAAUUCUAAUAUAUCACUUCAUAUUCCCAUUCAUUCGAUAUAUCAGCUGUAUAUAUUUAAUGUUUAUUUUAAUAUAUAUAUAAAAUAUUUAUAUCAAUAUUAUAUAGACGAAGACAAAUAUAUACCUGUUGAAACUCAUUCCAUGAAUAACAAUGGAGCGAUAAAUUGCAUAAAAAACCCAUUACACUAUUUAAAUAAUUCAAGAAUUUACAUAAAUGAGGAUAAAACAAAAACUAAUAAAAAAAAAAGUUACGAUUUUUUUAAAAUACACAAUAUUUUAAGUGAAAAAAGUAUACACAUACUAAAUAACAUAAUUUAUUUCGUUAAAUAUAUAAACAACUUUUAUAAUAAAAGCACAUAUGAAAAAUAUAAUUUUUAUAUGCAAUUUUUGAUUCAUACUCCAGAAAAAGUGACUAAAAAUGAACAGCUAGUUGAAUAUGCAAAAGAGUGUCAUAUUAUUGAUAAAAGAAACAAUUCGUCAAUUCAUUCAUCGAGUUUCCACAGGGAUGUUUUCUCAACAUUUCGUUUGUUAGGGAUAAACGAUAUGGAGUGCGAGGUUCCAUUUCUUGAUGGAAUUUAUACCGUCGACAUUGUUAUACAAAAUUCGAUAUGUGUCGAGAUCAAUGGAAAUAAUCAUUAUUACUACGACAGAAACAUGAAGAGGUCAUGUCAAAACAUUGAUUUCCUAAAUCUAAUAAAAUAUUACUUGCUAUGCAAAAAAUAUAAACUAAUUUUAAUUCCAUACUUAGAAUGGAAUAAGUUAAAAAAUGAUGAUGAGAAAAAAGAAUAUUUGAAAAAUAAAAUGGAAUCGUAA